AUGGCGACGAUCCCACCGCCUGUGCCGCCGAACUAUGCCAGCGCGUGGAUCGUAGACCCUCUGGCCAGCCCAACAACGUUCCCGAACAUGCCCUUCAGUGCUAGCAUCCAGACAAACACGGCACCAGAGGAAGAAUUCCGGCCAGGAUUGCAUAUGGUGACAGACGAUGGGGUAUUCGACUUGUCAGAGGCCAAUCCCCUCUGUCACACGCUCUCGGGCGACGACAGCAGCAGUACUCCCAGUAGCGGCUACCAGUACAACCUCGCCGCGAUGCCCAUCGCUCCUCCGGCAGCAAGCUCUACUUCCUCAGCGAUAAGCAGCACUCCUAACAGCGGCCAUCAGAACAUCAGCGCGUCGAUCGCUCUUUCGACAGCAAGCUCGGCUUCCUCGACGAUAAGCAGCACUCCCAACGGCGGCUACCAGAGUAACAGGGCGCCCAUCGCUCCGGCAGCGAGCUCGGCUUCCUUCGACUUGUCAGAGCCUCCCCGCGGUCGCGGGCUCUCGCGUAACGACAGCAGCAGCACGCCCAAUAGCAGCCAUCAGAGCAUCAGCGCGUCUAUCGCCUCUCCGGCAGCAAGCUCAGCUUCCUCGACGAUAAGCAGCACUCCCAACAGCGGCUACCAGAACAGCAGCGCGUCCAUCGCUCCUCCGGCAGCAAGCUCGGCUUCCUCGGCCAUGAGCGGAUCUCAAACCCCUCCCAGGCCGCGUCUGGACACGGUGAGCCCACAGGAAGUGCUGAACCGGGAUGAGGCGCCUCGUUGCGGGUGUAGGCGGCCAAAGGCAAGGACGGUCAAUACCAAUGACGGGCCGGGCUCGGCAUCGGCAGCACAACCAGUCACAUCAGGACCAGCAUCAGCACAGCCAGGACACCCAGCAACGUCUGGUCUACCAACAACAAUAAUGACAGCAUUUCCACCAUGGUAUCUACCACCUCUACCACCACCACCGGUCCCGCGCAGGAGACCACCUACUCCAGAAGAGCUUGAUGAGGACAAUCGCAUCUUGUACACGUUCGGGAGUCGCGGGGUCGUUGAGUCGGUGGAUAUCCCGGCAGACCUCAAAGCGACAUCAGAUGGCGAGCGGUAUGUGUGGUUAGACACCGAUUUCAUGUUCGUGCGUCUGGACGACGGGAUGACGUACUUCGUGAUGAAGGAUACGGCGGCGCUGGCGCUGCUGACGACCGAGACGGAGUUGCGUAGGAACCGGCAUGUGUGGCCGCUCCUGUUCGGAUGGCAUAUUCUGAGUGUGACGGACCCGCGGCUCAUCAGGGGGGUGGCGAAAGCGAGGAGGGUGCUGCCAGACGUCGUGGAGUGGGAGUUCGGGAGGGUCUGCGCCGAGGUUUUGAAGGCCGGGAUGGUUACGCCAUACCAGGAGUUGGUCAUGCUCCGGCGGUUCCAGAAGAAGAAGGGCAGGGCCGUGGUCGUCCGGGUGAACUCACUGGGCAAUCUGGCGCUGCCGCCGCAGGACGGGCCGAUGCCCCCGGACAUGCACCCUACCGACGGGGUAAGGUACGUGGCGGGUUGGAUGACCAAGUUGCGACUGGUGCCGCACCUGGACGGCAGCAACAACUGCUUCUUCCGAGCCACGCUCAUAUGGAAGUUAGGGUGUGUGGUGGGCAACGGUACGCAGGUGGACUUUAACACUUUGUUCGACCUUCACCACGAUGGCAUCUUCUUUGAGCAUGAGAUGGACGACGGAGCCAUUAUGCUGCCCGAGAGGCCACAAUUGGGGGUAUUUGACGGCUAG